AUGGAACUGAUAACUUCUAAAGACUUUUCAACAUCAGAUAAAAAGAUGCCUGAAUGGGGUUCACCCAUCCAAAUAAGGAAGAAUGCUGACCAAAGUAGAUUUAUGGAAUGUUCUCUUUCAUUAGAUAUUCCGGUGAGCAACAGCAGUUCCCCGAAAAUAAGUAGACCUUCUGAUCUUUGUCGCGAAGUUGAAGAAUGGUUGGAAUCAAGACCGUCAUGGAUUGACCAAAAACAUCAGAAAAAUAAUCCAGCGUUACAAAUUUGCUUUUUAAAUACAUCUGAACAAAAUUUGUUCUCUUCCAUGGAAGCAAUAAUUGCUGAACCUUAUUUGGACAAUAAUGAUUAUAGAACUGGACAAAGUAAUAUAGAAACUAAUUUAUUUUCAACUGUUAACUCUAUUAAAACAAAUGAUAGUAUUCAAACAAUUAACUCAUUGAAUGACAAUGAAAUUAGUUUGAAUAGUAUUGAAGAUUAUGAUGAUAAUAAUUCACAGCGACUAACAUUGAAUGGUAAUUCAUCUUUUGUAAAUCAUAAAAAUGAAAAGAAUCGUACAAGUUCAUCAAUAUCUGGAAGAUCAUCUUUAUUAUUAGCUUUUGAAUCUUCGGUUAAUUUAAUUGAUUUAUUGAAUGAGAUCAAUAUGUAUUAUGAACGAUUAUUAGAUCAAUGUAGACAAGAUUGUUUUGAUGCACGAUCUGUUGUUUAUUUACAAGAAUUAAUAAAGAAUCAUAAACGAUUUCAAACAGAAACACAAAUUGCUAUUAUUCAAGUUCCAAAAAUAUCCGCAAUGCAAGCAGAAGUUGAACGUACAAAGAUUUCAUCGAUAACUCCAAAUAUAGCAAAAUUACUUCGAGUUGACUAUAGGAAGUUUCAAAUAUCCAAAGAAGAAUUAAUUCAAUUCUCCAUUUCUCAAUUGAAAGUUAUUAUGAAUGAUUUGCAUUCUAGAAUCGAAAGUCUAAACAAUUCGCUCAUGUUGUCAUUAGUCGAAAGAGAUGAGUUGCACCUAGAACAAGGUGGUAAAUUAAUUGCUUUAGAAGAUAUCAAGUCCUGGAUUAAAGAACUCAGUAUUCGUUCAUCAAUUCCUCAAGUUAGGCGACAAUUAUUUCUCAAUCUUUCAAGUAAUUUAUCAAAUAACACAUACAGUAAUGAUAUUUUUCCUAAACCUCAAACUAAACAUAACACUUUACCAAAAAGACCUCAAUGGAUGACAUCCUUAUUUAGUCGAGCAUCACAGCGACAUACUCUCUCAUUAUAA